AAAUAAUAAAAUAAUAAAAAAAAAAACUGAAAAAAAAAAAAAAAAGAGAGAGAAAGAGAAGUUGCAGAGUGGGCAGAGAAGAACUCAGACGAGAGGGGAGAGGGGGGGUUUUGUAACCUCCAUUCCAUCCAUCAAUCAGAGUCUUUCUCUUUCUCUCUCUCUGUCUAUGACAGGUAAAAUAUAAAUUAUUGGUGAAAAAGGUGGGCAUGGAAUCAUCGAGCUCGAGCUGCUGCUGCAUAGAAAUGAAGGUGAUAUCGUGCAAGGAUCUGAAAGCCUUCAACUUCUUCCAGAAACUGUCAGUGUACGCGGUGGUUUGUAUCGCAAGCGACGAUCCGAGCAAGAAGAUGGUCCAGCAAAAAAAGGAAGACCAGGUGCAGAGGACUCCAACGGACACCCAAGGAGAUGGAAAUCCCGAAUGGAACCACCAACUGCGCUUCGAUUUGAAAUUGAACAGCGAUGAGGACCAUCUGUUUCUCCACUUCAAUCUGCGCCACGCGGGGAUCGUAUUCGGAUUGGGGGGAGACCGAACCAUCGGAGAGGUCCGAAUACCCUUGAAGGAUCUCCUGGAAGAUGCUUCUUCCAACGGUGUGGUUAGGUUCGUCAGCUAUCAGGUCCGGACUAGCGACGGCAAGCCAAACGGGGUGUUGAACUUGUCCUACAAGUUGAUUGGAUGUGGAUUUGGGAUUGGGAACCAAAACCCAAACCCAAACCCAAACUAUGCAGCAGGAAGCACCAUUUCUGGGUUUCCAUCAUCAAAUUCAAAUAGGAUUCAAUAUCCAACAGUUGAAGUAGAACCUGUAUCCAUCCCACUCCCCCUGAUGACGAUGGAUCAGAAACCCCAGCCCCAGCCCCAGGAAUGCUACUGGCCCAUUCAACCACAACCACAGCCAAUUCAUUUUUGGUCUCAUUCGUCGUAUCCCCUGUUUCAUGGUCAUGAUCCUCAUGAUGAUGAUGAGACCUAUUACCACUCUCCUCCUCCUCCGCCUCUGCCGCCGCCACAUCAUCAUCAUCAUCAUCACUACAUGACGGCGACCCCCGAGAGUUUUGUAUACGGUGAAAGGGAAGGAAUUGGAACUGCUGGAUUGAAGGAUGGUGAUGGGAUUCAAGGCAAUGCAUAUUUGUGGAAUUAAUGGGGGCAUAGCAUAUUAGCAUGGCAGGUCAGAAUCAGAUAUAUAUAUAUAUAUAUAUAUAUAUAACCAAUCAUUCCUUGGAGGACUGAGCUUGCUUUGAAUAUGCUUUUCUCCAUGGCUACAACUUGUAUCAAUCAAUUACAGUAGCAUUUGUGCCUAUCUUGCAGCAAGAAGUGAAAGAUGGUUUUUCUUGUUUCUCCGUAUAAAAUUAAUUUGUGCUU